CUUUUAUUUUUUAUUUUUAUUUUUAUUUUUUAUUUUUAUUUUUUAUUUAAAUAAAUAAAUAAAAAUAUGUCUAUCACGAUUAACGCUAUUGAUAAAGAAUCUAUUCAUAAAAUUUGUUCAGGGCAAGUAGUACUUGACUUGGCUACUGCAGUAAAAGAAUUAGUAGAAAAUAGUAUUGAUGCUGGCGCUACCUCAAUUGAUGUCAAUUUCAAAGAAAGUGGUAUCGAGCGAAUUGAAGUAAUUGAUGAUGGAUCUGGUAUUGAUCCAGCUAAUUAUGAAACUCUAGCUCUCAAGCAUUAUACUUCCAAAUUGAAUAGUUUCGAAGAUUUAGAAAAAGUACUUACGUUUGGUUUCCGAGGGGAAGCACUUAGUUCAUUAUGUGCACUAUCUCAACUGACUGUUAUUACAGCUACAAAAGAUCAAGCACCAAUGGGUAUCAAGCUAGAAUACGAUAGAAAUGGUAUUUUGAUCUCUAAAACACCUGUUUCACGAACUAACGGUACAACUAUUCAAUUAUCUAAUAUAUUUCAUUCUUUACCUGUGCGAUUACAAGAAUUCAAAAGAAAUAUUAAGCGAGAAUAUAGCAAGGCAUUGACUUUUUUACAAGCAUAUUCAAUCAUAUCAGUAAAUACACGUAUAUCUGUAUCGAAUCAAACAGGAAAGAGACCAAGUAUGAAAAUCAUGUCAACGACAAAAAAUAAGGAAAUCAGUGCAAAUAUUUCAAAUAUAUUUGGAGCAAAGUUAGCAUCACAGAUUAUACCAUUUAAAGUAGAUUUAGAGCCAGUUCUUGGGAAAGAAGGAUCUUUAGAGGGUUAUAUCUCAAAGCCAGAAUGGGGGCUUGGAAGAAAUAGUUCUGAUCGACAAUAUUUCUAUAUUAAUGGUAGACCAUGUAUACUUUCCAAGAUGGCGAAAACAUUUAACGAAAUAUAUCGUAUUUUUAUUUCUAAUCAAUAUCCUGUUGUUAUUGCUAAUUUUAAAAUACCUACAGAUGCGUAUGAUGUUAAUGUAAGCCCAGACAAAAGAACAAUUUUUAUCCAUCAAGAAGCUAAGAUUGUGGAUGCCAUCAUGAAUCAGCUAAAGGAACAGUUAGAACCGAGUCGAUCUACAUUCCAAAUUAACGCACUUAUGUCUUUAGCUACAUCUAAUGAAACGCCUAUAUCAGAAACUAAAAAUCAUAACAAUGCAGAUGAUGAACAGUCAAAUAUAAUAUCGCCAUUAAGAAACACAGUUAAUAACCUAUCAUUGUUAUCAUCUUCACCAGCUCCAGCACUACGCUCUUUGCCGUCACUAAAAAGUUUUACUAAUUCAGGCUCAAUCACUAGGAAAAACAAUAAUGAAAGCAUUUCAAAAUAUAACAAGCCAAUAAGUAUAAAACGAUCAUACGGUACUAGUACAGCAACAAUAAAUCCUUAUAUAAGCAAAAAGUCCAAAAUAGAUUCAGUUAUAGAUAUAGAUAAUGCAGAAGAAGACAAAAUGGAAGAUGUUGAAACAUCUGAUACUAGUUUACUCAAGAUGCAAACAACGAAAGCACCUGAAGUAGACACUAAAAUAGAGGAAAUGGAAUUUGACACACGAGAAUAUGUGGAAACUGUUACUGGUAUUAAAUCAUAUAGUGGAUUAUGGAAAACAGUAGGACGUAUUUUGACCAUUAAAUCUAAUACGUGCUUUGACUAUUUGAAGGAAAAUAGCAAUACGAUUGAAGAAAACUCUAGCUUUAUUUCAACAUCAGAAACUAUUGAAAAUGCAGGAAUAACAAAUACAGCUGAUAACGAGAAAGCAACUAGAGCAUUAAGCCGUGUAAUUCAUAAACCUGAUUUUGCUAGAAUGAAAGUAAUUGGGCAAUUUAACCUUGGUUUUAUAAUAACGAUAUUGGAUAAUCAAGAUCUUUACAUUAUAGAUCAACAUGCUUCAGAUGAAAAAUAUAAUUUUGAAAUAUUACAGCGAACUACACAAAUUAAGGGUCAAAAAUUAAUUAGUUCGCAUGUUUUAGAUUUAACAGCAGCUGAAGAACAUAUCGUCAUGGAUAAUCUUGAUAUUUUUAAAGCAAAUGGCUUUGAUGUACAAGUAUUGCCUGAUAAUGAACCUACAAAACGUAUUUGUGUCAUUUCUCAGCCCGUUAGUAAAAAUACAAUGUUUGAUAAAAAGGAUUUUAGUGAAAUUAUAUUUUUAAUUAAUGAACAUCCUGGUGAAAUGGUUCGUUGUAGUCGUAACAGAGCUAUGUUUGCAUCUCGAGCAUGUCAUAAGGCAGCUCGUAUUGGUGAUAGUUUAAACAAAAGUCAAAUGAUAAAGAUUGUUCAACAUAUGGGCGAAAUUGAUCAACCUUGGAAUUGUCCCCAUGGCCGCCCCACCAUGCGUCAUUUAUUAAGUCUUUCGCAUCAUAAACAAUUACAUACAAAACAAAAGCAUACUUUAUCGUUCACAGGAACAAUUCCUCUAUUUAAAGAAUAA